AUGCCUACCAAUAUUCGUCGCGCUCGGGAUUCGCCUACAUGGCCGAUUUAUCCCUCUCCGAAGAAAAAGGAUGCGGUCCCCAUGCCACCGAAUGCUCCGCGAAUUGGCAGGCCAAUACGACUUCCGACAGAAGAGUUGGCGAUCUCUGAUCCUCCGAUUGCCCUUCCAUUACACGUCCCACCCACCUCUCACAUAUCCUACGAUGUCAGAUGUCCGCCUUCGACAAUACGAGUCUCACCAUCGACGCAAAACACACGGGCUGGCCCAGCAUACCGUUUCUCCGACCUCAACAUUCCAUUUUGUCCUUCAUCCCGGCCAAUAAAGCGCCCGCAUUCCAUCCGCUUGAUUAGUAAAGACUUUCCAUGGGCGAUCGAAGUAUGCAGUAUUGGCGCAAUCACUUGUCAAGAAAUCCUCAUCGCGCUAUACGACUCCCUCCAAACUCCGUUGACGGACACAGACUGGGGUUUUGCCUCUGAAGAGCUCCGCGGGCGGAUCUUCAGGGCUUGGGAACGACGACAUACUCCAACGCCAGAUGGAGGGCCACUCCGGCGCGUAGAUGUCCUGGGCACUCGAUGCCGAUUGCAGGGAUUUUGUCGCGAUGAGGAGUUUGCAACAAAACGGAGCUUGCCUGGUCAGGAAUCGAGAGGCGAACUUGUCGACACAUGGAUUGUGAAGUUUAUGAAGCCACUUCUGGCUCGAGACGACGAGCCUCUUGCUGAAGACGACGACUUGUUUGGAGAUGACCUGAUCGAUUACGAGCCAGAAUACGAAGGAGAACAAGGGUUUGGGCAGGCAUUUGAACACCCUCAGCAUAUUAUUGACACACCCAGCCGUCUUCCAUCCGAAAGCUUUUCGUCCCAUCUCCCUUCCGUGUUCCCUGACACAGUCGGCGCAACACCAGCCUUCACUUUCACAUUCCUUCCUCCUGGAGUGACAAGGGCGGCCGACGCUGCAAUGUUGAUGCCUAGACCGGUAGGAACGAGAGGAGGACUCCGCCCAGGCCCGCGACGCCGGGUUGUUCUGUCCGACUCUCCACAAGCCGACGACCAGUCGAAGGAACCGACUGACAUUGCUAACACGUCCACUGUUGUGAAUGGAACAGAAAAUAGACCGCCGAGGCCGAGGCCGAGGGGAGAGUGGGACGAAUGGGCUCCGGUGAAACGUCGGAGAGGCAAGAGAGGCGUAUCGACUGAGAUUGACCUGACGGCACCAAUGCCGCCAAACCCAAAGUCCAUUCGUGGUUUGAAGGUGACGAAAUUUGUUGACCCGAAAAGGCCAUCUGACGAAUCGUCUGUGCAGCCAUUCAAAUGUUGGGACUGCUCUCGCGAAUUGGUCAAGAUUGGGAAUCACUUCGAUCGGCCGAGAGCGAUCAAGUGCAGCAACCGGGCGCUCCUUGUGAAGUUGGAGGACGGGAGCUGGAGUAAGGGAAUUCUGUUGAGCGCGUGGGUGGCAGCGGGGCGCGACAUCGCGUAA